UUGAAAAGUAUGAUGAUAUCAAAUGAUAAAGUGCCUAUGAGAUUUACAUUGGUAUGUCAACGAAAAAACAAAAACAUAAUUAAAAAUAUUCCCUUGCGACUUUGGACUCACGAUCUGUAUAUGAUUUAUUUAUUUAAAUACCGAUAAUGCAAUACUUACACAAACAAGUGGAAUUAGGAGUUGCAAUGGAUUGUAUGAACAUUUAAGAAUAAUGACUAGUUUUUUGAUAUUUGUCAUUUCUGGAUAUUUCAGUAGUAUAUUGUGUCAAGAUAUUUAUUUAACAACGAAUGGAAGUUACGAAUACACAAUUUUGGAGAGUCUAAAACCUUCUCCAGAUAAUUGCGGAGAAAUCCAUUUUCAGAUACGAGCUGGAAAGAAUGCUUUCAUUGCCUUACUCUCUGGAAACGACGAUUCAGACCCUCUAUAUGAAAUAGCAUUUGGUAUAAAUGAUGUGUGUUCAACAAUAAGAAAGGGGAAAGGUGGGCUUAACACUACAGGCGCCCUCGAUGCUAAUGACGUUUUCUUAGCACAAUACGAAUGGAAAAACUUCACAAUCAGGUGGAACAAUGGCUUUAUAUACGCCAAAACACCUUAUAUAUCUAUGACUUUGAAUGACGAAUCUCCUUUACUUGUAAAGAAAAUAGCAGUUACAACUGCAGAUGACGCAUCUGGGGAUUGGCACUUCAACACAGAAGUUUCAAUUCCAAACGGAUGCAAUAUAACAGUUCAACAAACAACUACUUCAGUUGGCGAUAGUACUCAAGAAAACCAAGUCUGCAUGUGUCCAUGUUCACGGGUCUCGAAUAGUAAAUGGCUCUAUCUUAAAAACUUAAAUCUCACAUUGGAUGAAAUACGAGUGAUACUGUCUGAUGAGCUUGAAGAUUUGCGAAAAAAUUUAACAAUCGAUAAAACGAACACAUCGGCAUAUUUACGUACAAAAAUAUCUGCACCUGAUAAUCGUCCUUCUGCAAAAUCGAUGGGUGCAGUCGGCGGACUAUUUCUGGUUACAAUCGUCGUUUUAAUUUUCGGGUCUGAUACUAUUAACUUGUUUAAAACAGCACUUUUUAAACGGUGAACAAAUCAAAAUUAAUUGUUGUAAAAAAUCAUUUUGCAGUUUUACUAGGAAAGGCCGAAAAUUACAUUGAAGUGAUGACUGUUAGUCGUGUUAGUGCACCCAAUUAACACGCGGAUAAAUUGUAUCAUUCGUAAGUAUAUCAUCUGCACUAUUUUCCUCGGUCUUUAACAGUAGUACGGUGCUAUUUUCUUUAAAAUAAGUUCAAAUGUUAAGAAAUGCACGAUCCAAAAUUCUGGAGGAUGUCAGCACAAAAUGCAUAUUUUGAGGUAAAAAUAGAAUGUGAAAAUAUGCAAAACUGCUAGAACAGCGUUUAUGUUUUAUCUUUAUUUAGACGAAUACAAAAUAAUUUAUUA